AUGGCCAAGGCUAUCCUCGAGGCGUUGAAAGCAACGGGUGCCAGCGAUGUUUCCAAGGCGAUCGAGGCCGUCUCUGCCGGCCUCUUCAAGAUCAAGACGCUGACGGGCCGUGAGAUCCUGGACUCGCGUGGUAACCCCACGGUGGAGGUGGAUCUCACCACUGAGGGCGGCGUCACCGUGACUGCCGCAGUGCCCAGUGGCGCCUCCACGGGCGUGCAUGAGGCCUGUGAGCUUCGCGAUGGUGACAAGACGCGCUACUUGGGGAAGGGUGUCCUGAAGGCUGUGGAGUCGGUGAAUACCGUUCUCAGCACGGAGCUGAAGGGAUUCGAUGUUUCCAAGCAGAAGGAGCUGGAUGACAAGAUGAUUGCGCUCGAUGGCACGCCCAACAAGAGCAAGCUUGGCGCCAACGCCAUUUUGGGCGUCUCCAUGGCGGCGGCCAAGGCCGCCGCACAGGCCAAGGGCAUCCCUUUGUACCAGCACUUCGCGGAGUUGGCCGGCAACGGGUCGAAGCUCACUUUGCCGGUGCCCUGCUUCAACGUGAUCAAUGGCGGCUCCCAUGCAGGCAACAAGCUGGCCUUCCAGGAGUACUUCAUCAUCCCGGUUGGAGCAUCCUCCUUCAAGGACGCCAUGCGCAUCGGAUCGGAGUGCUAUCACACCCUGAAGGGCAUCAUCAAGAAAAAGUUCGGUGGCGAUGCAACCCUUAUUGGAGAUGAGGGUGGUUUCGCGCCCCCCUGCGAUGCCAAGCAGGGUGUGGAGCUCAUCAUGGAGGCCAUCGAGAAGGCAGGGUACAAGGACAAGUGCAAGAUUGGAAUGGACGUGGCAGCAUCCGAGUUCAAGGUGGAGGGAGCAGACUGCUACGACCUCGGAACUUGGUAUGCCGAGGCGGAGAAGACCCCUGAUCUCAAGAUGACCGGGGUCCAGCUCGCCGACUUCUACGCCGACCUCUGCAAGAACUACCCAUUGAUCACCAUCGAGGACCCUUUUGAUCAAGACGACUGGGCGGCAUGGACGGCCUUCACCGAGAAAGUGGGUGGACCCACGCAGGUGGUCGGAGACGACCUGACCGUCACCAAUGUCACUCGCGUCAAGAAGGCCAUCGAUGACAAGGCCUGCAACGCUUUGCUUUUGAAGGUGAACCAGAUCGGCACAGUGUCCGAGUCCAUCGAUGCCGUGAAGCUUUGCAAGGUGAACGGAUGGGGUGUGAUGUGCUCCCACCGCUCCGGAGAGACGGAGGACACUACGAUUGCCGACUUGGCUGUGGGUCUCUGCACCGGUCAGAUCAAGACUGGUGCACCCUGUCGCUCCGACCGCAAUGCGAAGUACAAUCAGCUCAUGCGCAUCGAAGAGGAGCUUGGUGACAAGUGCGCCUAUGCCGGAGAGAGUUGGCGCAAGCCGGUUUGGAUGGCCUAA